AGAGUUUGUCCACCACCAUCCAUCCAGCUUCCCUGCUUUGUUUCCUGCCAGGUGUCACUAACUGUCCCGUUCCUCCCCUUUCUCUUUCAGAGGAUCGAGGUGAUCUGAAGAAAGUAGACAUGGCCUCUCAGCCUGUUAUUACAACCCAGCCUCAGUAUGAGAUGGUUUCCACUGUGCCAAGAAAUAAGUGGCAGACGGGCCUGACGGACUGUUGCACUGACUGUGGCGUGUGCUUGUGUGGGAUGUUCUGCUUUCCCUGUCUCGCCUGCGAGGUGGCCGGGGACAUGAACGAGUGCUGCUUGUGCGGUACCAGUGUGGCCAUCAGGACCCUCUACCGCACCAGAUACAACAUCCCGGGGUCCAUUUGCUCUGAUUGGUGUGUCACCAUGUGUUGUCCCGUGUGCUCGGUUUGUCAAAUGAAGAGAGAUAUCAAGAGGAGGAGAGCGUCUGGCAUAUUCUGGUAG